AUGGGUCGUUCAGUUUACAGAAAUGACGUUGCAGAGAAAGAUCUUAAAAUUACUUUACUUGCACUCGAUGACAGCCUCAUGGGAAUCUUACCAGGGCAUAAGGUCAAAGGUAAUGGUAACAGCAUACAUGAGACUCAAAAUUACACAACAAAUUACCUCGGACAGACCAUCAUAGAGGCAUAUGUGUUUUAUAUGCAGCUCUUGUUUAUUUUAUGUUGCAUAGUUUGGUGCCAAGAAAGCAGACGACAGUCGGCGCCAGGAUGCCCAAUUGACUUCAUAAGACACGAUGAUUCCUGCUAUCAAAUUUUCGCCAAUCCCACAUUGAAAUGGUGGGAGGCUAUGGAAUUCUGUCAGAUAUAUGGGAACGGGGAAGGUACGCUUGCUACAGUCGAGUCUGAGUCGGAGCAAUUGUUUCUCGAGAAUGAACUUAAGAAGAAAUUUCCAUCUCCAGUUGGCAAAGACUUUUGGCUGGGUGCUAACGACAUUACACAUGAAGGUACAUGGGUCUGGAUAAGGAAGAACGAAUACGUACAAGAAUAUACCCACUGGGCACCGGGUCAACCUAGCAGUGGUACAAGUGAAAACUGUCUGGCCUUGUAUGAUGGGGUACAGUAUAAAUGGAAUGAUGCACCUUGCGGACUACCAGAGGGAUUCAUAUGCGAGAUUCCGGUUUCUUCCCCGAAUGAGAUUGUUGGAUGAAUGUUACAAGUCUGUGUGAAUAAAGAAAUUCACGUUAA